GCUACAGCUUUUGACUGGCAGACUGGACGGAUUUAAUCAAAAGAGGGCAGUAUUCAAUAAACAAGAUGGCGACUCCCAUUGACGUGGAAGAUGAGACAAUUUUAGCAUCAGUUUUCAAAGAUGUUUUUCCAGAUUCUUGGAGAGAGAACCCAGACUUUGCCCAGUACCUAGCAGAACUCAGUUCUUAUGGAGUGGAUAAGCUCAAUCGAGAGCCGGAGCGUCUUGCGGAGGAGAGAGCUCAGAUUCUGCAACAGACCCAGGAGCUGGCCUUCCACAACUACAAGACGUUCAUCGAGACGGCAGAUUGUUGCAAGGAAAUAGUGGAAGAUUUCAACCUGGUGGAAACACACGUCAACAGCCUCCUGGAGAAACUACCGGACUUCUCAGAGGAAUGCAACAAGUUCAUGAAAGAGGCUCAGGACAUCAGCAUCAGUCGGCGGAUGAACAACCUGACCCUGUCCAAGCACACGCAGCUCCUCGAGAUCCUAGAGAUACCUCAGCUCAUGGAUACCUGCGUGCGUAACAGCUACUACGAGGAGGCGCUGGAGCUAUCGGGCUACGUCAAACGACUGGAGAAGAAGCACUCCAACAUUCCUGUCAUACAGGACAUUGUGAAGGAAGUGAAGGGCUCGACGCAGCUGAUGUUGAACCAGAUGCUUCAGCAGCUGCGCACUAGCAUUCAGCUGCCGGCAUGCCUGCGUCUGAUUGGCUACCUGCGUCGCAUGGACCUGUUCACCGAGAGCGAGCUGCGUAUCAAGUUCCUGCAGGCUCGGGACGCCUGGUUCCAGGGCAUUCUGGGAGCCGUCGCCAAAGAGGACGCUUACUUCCACAUCACCAAGGUGAUCGAGGCCAGCCGCGUCCAUCUCUUUGACAUCAUCACCCAGUAUCGAGCCAUCUUCUCCGACGACGACCCCAUCCUGUCCUCCAGUCAGGACUCGGCCACCAAUGAGGGCGCUCUGUUCCAUGGAUGGGUCGGGCAAAAGGUGUCGCAGUUCCUGCGUACUUUGGAGGGGGAUCUGACCAGGGGUGUGGGUGGGCGUCUGGACUCUCUCCUGGGUCAGUGUAUGUACUUUGGUCUGUCCUUCAGUCGUGUCGGGGCGGAUUUCCGGGGGCUGCUUGCGCCACUGUUCCAGCGGGCGGCUCUGAGGGGGUUCACGGUGGCGUUGGAUGAAGCAACCAAGAGGUUUGAAGAGGCCAUGCAUUCCUACACGUUAAUUGCCACGCCGUCACUGCCGACUGGUACCCUGUCCACAGGAACGAUGCAGGGAGACAAGAGUUUGGCCCCGCCCACUGUCCUAAUGGACCACCCCCCUCUGGCUGUAUACACCAACGCCGCGCUGAACGCUUUCAACGAUCUCAGGCUGUGCGCGCCGGUGGCGUUAGCCCACGACGUAGCGACGGCUCUCCGCACUUCACUAGAAGCAGUGGUGCAGGCAACGUUGGCUUAUCACAGAGCGGAGGAGAGCACAUUCAACGAAAAGGAGAGGGCCUUCUUCGUUCAGUUUUGCCAGGUAGCGGCGUACGAUCUGAUCCCGUAUAUGAACCGAUGUUUGCAGGCUUUGUUUCCCGCGGCAACCAUCGCCACGACACUGGGAGUCACAGUUUCCGACGUACAGAAACUGGGCAACAUCGGAGCGCUCAAUGUGGAUAAUCUCGCUGAUCCUCUGAAGCCGUUACUGCCGACUGUCCCAGAUGCUGCAGGUGAGGAACAAGAAGAUGCACAGGAAGGGGUCGACAAGAACCAGUCCCCACCACAACCCACGACACAGCCCACGACACAACCUACUAUACAACCCACGACGAUAGAGACCAUUGUUGAAUCGCCAAACGAAGAGCAAGAAGAGGCAGCAGUUCUCCCAUCCGAGGAGACUCCGGGAGAAAGUGCCGCUUCAACCGAGGAGAACCUUGCCAAAGAAACGGACAGCGCUGAUAUUUCUGCCGAGAAUGCCGGAGAAGGUCGCAAUGACGACGUAGUGAAAUUCAAUGUGGGAGACGAGACAUAAAGCAUAUAUGUCGGCGUAAUGAGAACUGCUGAUUCCUGUUGCAUAUUUUAUUUUUCUACCUUUCUUCUCCACCAGUUUAUUGGGAACUACCAACAAAGUCUUAGGGUUGCAUGUGGUUACCUGCACCCACAGACCGUCUUUUAAAUUCACCGUCAUCUUUGAGGUCACGUGGAAGUCUUGGGGUGCCAGCACGGAUCUUCUGCACAAGGGGAAACGACUUCCCAAAAUUUCUGGUUAGACCUUGAUAUGGCACUUGGGCAUCGUGCAUACGCUUGCGCGAGAAUCGGCGCGCAAAUGCAGUCUUUCAGUGGUCAAAUUUCUGUCAGGACGCCAGCUGUCGGCGAUCAUAGCACGCGCGCAUCGUUCUACACAUUCUAUGCGUUGUUUUAUGCGCAGUCGCGGCAUAUCACGCCCCUAGACAAACCGUUCUGUACAUUUUGUACACAAUCUCUGAUGAGUCGUUUAUCCUUCUGUAGAGGAUCCGUGCUUAAAGUCAUAAUUUUUAGUGAGAUGUCCCCCGAGAUUGCCACCUGACCCCUAAAUUGGCGGUAUCUGUAAAAAAGGUCUGUGCUCAGGUGCGUCCCUCAUGCGAAGAGUACCCUAUGGGUUGUGCACGUUCAGUUGAAAUCAGCAGCGCGCACUCUGAGAAACUUGCCCACACAAACCAAACCGCGCACGAGAUUUGAUAGACUGGUUCGGUAAAGUGUCCGUGAAAUUAAUUUCUCUUAGGAAAGCAUUUUGUGCAACUUUCUGCUCCUCUUAAAAUGUAUGAAACCUAUUUAACAUGCCUUUUUGGUUAAUAUUAUUCAAAAGUGCACUUCUAUCAACAUUAAAAAAAUGUCUAUGCUUUUCGGGACAACUGAGGGGGCCAGUGCUGUGAUGUCAUUUCAGGGAGACCCUGUUCAGUUUAGGGGUUUUCUGUUAAAACGUGAAUCCAAAACUCUGCUCAUUGGAAACAUAUGUGAGAAAAGUUUGCUCAUUGGCCUGGUGCCAUGUACCGACUAAACAACGAAUCACCAAAGAAAAGAAACCUUACAACAGCAAAAUAUCCAAAAUUGCCAGACAUAAAUCACAGCUGUGAUCGUUCAAAGCGUUUCAGCGCGAAGCUUAUGUAUUGGUCUAUUUUGCCUGCCAGUGCUUUCCUAGAUUUGGCAGGUAAAGUGUAUAAAACUUAAUGGUUAACUUGGUUGAGGACACCACAAAAAUCGUGUGAAACUUGUAAAUAUAACCAUAUUAUUAUUUCAAAAACCUUUUUAAUUUUUGAAAGAAAAGGAAAAAUUAAACUGGUAUAAUAUCUUCAGAAAAGGUA